GCUGUGUAACGCGAUCAAGUGGCCUAAUCUAUCGUGCGAGAAGAUAUCGCGUUUUACUGUGACACAGUAAAUUUCCAGAGGCAACAACUUACUUGGGAAGUAUUUGCGUGACGAUCGUGCCAAAUCGACCAAAAACAGUUCAAAAAUCGACAGAAACGAUCUUCUACGGAACAGUUUAUGGCGCCUCGUUGGCCAACAUGCUUCACCCGAACGUGCCCAGUGCUACGGCGGUGCUGUUAUGAUGAGAUCAUAAUUCGUUGGGCAAAACAUAUGAUGUGAGGUAAUGCGUUAUUUCCAAGCCUACUCAAGGACAAGUAGACCGCGUUCUACACAAAUUAUUACCCUCCUUAGUCCUGAGCAGGCUGUGAAACUAGUCAUAAAAUUGCAACGGCAGAUGAUGCAGUUUGAAGCUAAACCAUUUCUUUGUGGAAUUUGAAAAACUGCUUCAAACGCAUUUUGAAAUCAUGACCGUGGUACUUUCCUACCAUCAAAUAGUUGAAAGAGAACCGUCCCAGAUCAACAGUCGGUGGAAAUUAUGUACCGCCAUUCUUUUGCUCGUUAUCGUGUCGUCCUGUAUCGUGGUUAGUUUCAGUUUGCACGGCCUAAUGGCUGAUUACAAGCACAACUGAUUGCUGGGUGCCCGUUUGAAGUUCAUCGUCAAAGCGAACGAAUCCCGCUCGAAUGAGACCGAUUCCGGAACCGUUCCAUCGUCAGUAGAAUAUGGCAUCGAUGAAUAUUGGAGCAGUUGGACCAACGGCGCGUACUGUGAAACAUUGAAAUAUAUGCCACUGCUGCAGGGAAUCUGCUGUACCGUUUGGUUGGCUAUGUUCCUAACUCAUGGCCCGGGAGGCAUCAUGCCCAAACCCUGGCGUAUCGUGUUUCCGUCGUUGAUAUUCUUUUUCGGCUGCCUAGUGACAUCGAUGGUAACCGCCAGCUUCAUCACACAAGGGCUUUCGCAAAUGUGUAUCGAGUUCGGCAAAGUAGACACCGGAAUGGGCUGCGCAAGACUCGUCGAUUACUUUGCCCUAUCGAAACAAACCCCCAAUCUGGUGAACCCGGACAAGAACUUUUUCCUGACCCUAAUCUUUCCCUGGGUAUGGGUCGGUGCCACCUGUUUGGGGUUUCUGGUCAGUUUGUUACGCAUAGUUUUGAUGGUCGAUUUUCAGCUUAUGCGUGUGGACAUUUUGAAGCACGAGAAACAGCAAUUGAAAGGUCCACCCAAGGACGCCGCAUCGCAGUGCGUUGAUACGGAUGAUUCUGAAGACUGAGAAACGAAUUUCAAUAGCUGAACAAUGUACAUAUAGUUAGUAGGCUUUGGCGUUGAAUAUAUUGAUGCCAAAAGACGGCCAUCUGCUUAGCUUAUUGUAUACUUUUAAUACU